AUGGAAUCGGGCAUGAAAGAGAGCCUCUCAAAAUUGGAACCUGCAAAUAACCAGUUGACUGAGACAAAAUAUACAGAGACGCGACAAUUAGAACAACAGUCUAUGAUCAAAAAGCAAAUUGUAGGGGAGUCCGAUGACGGGAAACUAAUGACUGGGUUGAUGGACAAUAAGCCAAAGGAAGCUCAGCCCGCAGAUAAUCAAGUGAUUGAGUACUUUGUCAAAAAUUCUUCACGGGAGAAUAUAAGCGAAUCAAGUGAAUCUCUAUUAACUUCUUUAGAGAUUAAGCCCUCUGGAGCUUUUCGUCGCGGGGGUGUUGCAGCUGAAAGCUGGAACCCUGAGGCAGAACAGGUCUAUGAUAGAGUAGUCUUUCCAAAGUCAGAUUUACAGCGCUCCUGUUUAUUGAAUUGCAUUAAGCCAAUACUUAUUUUUAGGGCACUUGAACCGGAAGAUCUCGACGAAGUUGUGGAUGCAAUGUUUGAACGUCUUGUUGUGCCUAAUGAGGAAAUUAUUUCGAUAGGAGAUGUAGGUGAUAAUUUUUAUGUCGUUGAUGCUGGAACUUACGAUAUUUUCAUUUCUUCACCGGAAGGAUUAAAGAAGGUUCAUCAAUACGUAGACCAAGGAUCCUUUGGAGAGUUAGCCCUAAUGUAUGAUACUCCCAGAGCCGCUACUAUUCGGGCUGUAACAGAAGGUCGUCUAUGGGCAAUGUCUCGAACAGUGUUCCGUAGCAUUGUUUUGACCAAAGCGUUCAAAAAACGUCAAAUGUAUGAAUCCCUUCUUCAAAGCGUCGACAUACUUUCACACCUUAGCUCUUUCGAGAUAAACAGUAUAGCAGAUGCUUUAUACCCACAAAAUGUUGAGCCUGGUGAGAUUAUUUUUAAGGAAGGUGAUGAAGAAGCAAAUGCGAUGUAUUUCAUCGAACAAGGUGAAGUGGAAGUCACCUUUCAAGGUUUCAUGCUCUCCCAUUUGAAGCGUGGCCAAUAUUUUGGUGAGGUCGCUCUUAUAAGGCACCAAGCACGAUCUGCUACUGUUAAAGCCUUAACAAAAGCAAGACUAGCAGUUCUCGAUGUUGAUAGCUUUAACCGUCUUUUGGGUCCAUGCACUGACAUUAUUACAAAGAAAGUAGACGUUUAUGAAAGGACUAGGGCUUCUCUCUGGAGAACGGAGCCCACAGAUGAACCAAAUCACAGUGAAAACUUAUCUUCUUCAAACUGUUAUAUGGUUAAAUCUCAUUUUGAGGCAGAAAUAUCUGUAGGCCAUUUUAUCAGAUUAAAAAAAGAAAAAUUGAUGGGGCAAAACAAACCCAACGAGCAGUUUUCGAAUAGCGCCUCACAUAGAAGAUCAAAUAUGCCUCAUGCAGCGGAUUAA